CCUCCUCGCCUCUCCCGCCUCCGCUCUCGUCGAUUGGCCAGGAAAACCCACCAAUGGAGAAGUCGGGGAGGCGGGCCUAGAACGCCGGCUGGAAGAAGAAAAGCAAAUUUCAAGUUGGCGGCUGCCCGGGCCCCGAGUGGGGGAGGGACGGCAGGUUUUUCUCACUGGAUCCCUGCGUAUCCAGGCCCCUCCACCAUGGCCAGCCGGGGUGGGGGCCGGGGUCGUGGCAGAGGCCAGUUGACCUUCAACAUGGAGGCUGUGGGCAUUGGGAAGGGUGACGCUUUGCCUCCACCCACUCUCCAGCCCUCUCCACUCUUCCCUCCCUUGGAGUUCCACCCAGUGCCUCUGCCGGCAGGAGAGGAAGGAGAGUAUGUCCUGGCACUGAAGCAAGAGCUGCGUGGGGCCAUGAGGCAGCUCCCCUACUUCAUCCGCCCAGCCGUCCCCAAGAGAGAUGUGGAACGUUACUCAGACAAGUAUCAGAUGUCUGGGCCAAUUGACAAUGCCAUCGAUUGGAACCCUGAUUGGCGGCGACUACCCAGUGAGCUCAAGAUUCGAGUGCGGAAAGUCCAGAAGGAGCGGACCACCAUUAUCCUUCCCAAGAGGCCCCCUAAGAGCACAGACGAUAAGGAGGAGACGAUACAGAAACUAGAGACUCUAGAGAAGAAGGAGGAGGAAGUGACUUCAGAGGAAGAUGAAGAGAAAGAAGAAGAGGAGGAGAAGGAAGAGGGGGAGGAAGAGGAGUACGAUGAAGAGGAGCAUGAGGAGGAAACUGAUUACAUCAUGUCAUAUUUUGACAAUGGAGAGGACUUUGGAGGGGACAGCGAUGACAAUAUGGAUGAGGCCAUAUACUGAAAACUGGACCAUAGACUGAAAACCUAGGCCAUAGAUUGAAAGCCUGGGCCCAUAUAUCAUUCUUGAUUUGACAUACAGGAACUAAAUGUCCCUAUUUACUUAGGGUUUUUCCUGUUUUUGUUAUUAUUUUUGAGAGAGGAUCUCAUAUAGCUCAAGCUGGCCUGGAACUCAGUAUGUAGCUGAGGCUGCCCUUGAACUUUUGAUCCCCCCACCUCCACCUCCCAAGCCUUGAGAUUACAGGGAUGCACCACCACACCAGACUUACUAGUAUUUACUUUUGUUGAGGAGAAAUUAUUUAGUCAGAAUCCGGGUGACCUGUGUGAUCCCCUGGGGGUUGUGAUGCGCAGCAAUUGACAGUUUAGGGGAUACUUGGGGUGGAAACAAUCAAGAGGAGCAAGACAUGUUUUGUACUUUUAAAUAAAAUGUUUGUAUUUGUCUCUCUAACAGAGUGACAUGUACUGGGAAUGGGCUGGAGGAAAGGCUGAAGGGGGUGUCCAGUCAAGCCAUUCUUACCCCCUGCCCCGCCCCCUUUCAGAGGACUGAAUUUACAGCCUUGCAUAUGCUAAAGGAGCGUUCUAUCACUGAGCCAUAUCCCCAGCUCUUUUUAUACAUUUAUUUUAGAAUUUUUAGACAGCGUUUUUGCUAAGUUUCCUAAGCUGGCCUUGAACUAACCCCCUUGUAACCCAAACAGGCCUGAAACUGUCUCAGCCUCCCACGCUGUGGUCCCAGGCUUGUGCCACCAGUGUCAAAUCUUUGCUUGUCCAGUAUGACACUAGCGGGUAACCGCCUUGACUCUUGACCUUUACUUCUCAGCCCUCCCGUGGAGGAUAUUCAGGAACUCAUCUGUAAUGCUGUCUGAAAGCACUGCUGGGAGAAAGCAUAGGCUCUCCCACAGACUACCCGAGCCUUUGGCCUCCAGCAGCACAGGGACAUGAGCCUGCAUAUUCAGGCGCAUUCACCAGGGCGCCAGCCCUCUCCUUUCUCACACUUGACCUUGAUCGCGUCCUUAUUUACAAAGAGUGAUUGCAGCUAUUUUUGUGCAGGGAGUCAAGAAAGCCAGGGGCCCGAGAGAGAGGAGUGACUCACUGCUUUCAGCUUACAUGGUUCUUCCAGGACCUGGAGAGCCCACUUUGAAAGGCAUAUUUAGGGAUCUCCCUAAAUAUACUGUUCUCUACCGACA